UUUGUUUUUCUUUUUCUUUUUUGUUUGGGUGAGAAAAAAGAGCUGAAAAUUCCUUUUUGUUCUUCCUCAUUUAAAACUGGAUAGCACAAACCGACGAAUCUACAAACGCGUUUAAUGCUUGUAAUGGUAAUGAAGAUGAUGAUAUCAUUGUUAUCUCCCAUAACGAACCUGACAUUCGCAGAUGCAUUACAAUGAUUUUUUUCUCUCUCUCUGAUCGCAUUCAUUCGUUUUUGUUUGAAAGGAGAGCUGAAGGGGAGAUUCUGGUACUGAAGCUCUGAUUUUUUUCAUCUUUUUUUGUUUGAUUUCUCUUUUGCCGUUUUGGGAUUGGGCGGAAAGUUCUCUGUAUAUGCAAUAACUGGAUCUGAUGGUUUAGUGGUACUGGCAUUUUAUUACUGAUAGUGGGAGAAUCUGAGUUUGUGCUUUUCUGCGUUCAGCUUGGUUGCCUAGAAGUGGGAGGGAAAAAAGCCAAGAAGAAGUUUUCGAGUGUGCCAAAUUUGCUGCUCUUUUUGCAGCUUCUGGGAAAAGAAGAUAUUCUGCUGUUUCUAUAUUUUGCAAGUGAAUUGCUCAGUACCAUUCUUUGGUUUUACUUUACUUUCCCUGAUUUGUCUCAGAAUAGUUGAGAGUCGAUCUUGAUUGUUUUUCAAUUUAUGGUUUCCCAUUUUCAGAUCCUUGCCUGUUUGGAAAGGGAAAAAAAAUUGAUUUUGAAAUAAUUGGAUCUUUUCAUGACAUCCCAAGUUUUAGUCAAAUCUCUCCUUAUCAUCUUUUCAUGUUUGCUGGUUCCUUACCUAAUAAAACACUCCCAUUCCUCCUUAUUAUGCUCUGCUUCUAAUUCUCAUUUUUAAUUGCCUUUCUCCUCUGAUACUUUCUUUAUCAUCUUCUUACAAGGUCUUUGUAUUUUUCAUCAGAUAGAUUUUUUCUUUUGUUUCAUGAUGUCCUCUAAUGACUCUCUUCAAUUUUCAGGUUGAAGCUAAACCCAGACCCCUGUUAAUGUCGCUCACCGUGAAACCUCAUCUUCACCAUUACAAGAACAAAAUGGGCAAACCCACAUCAACAAACAGAGACUGGACACAGAUCUAUGCAAUUUAUGGCAUGGACCAGUGGCAAACCUUGCUCUUCCUCUUGUGUCACGCCAUUUUCUUCUCUAUUCUAUCCAUUCUCCUCCUCUUCUACUUUGAUCCAGUCUGCAAGCUCUUAGAGACUGGUCUUCUUCUUUUUACCACCAGCACCAGCAGCACUGGCGCUGCUCGCUUCGCCGCCGGAUUCACCGGAAGUGUUACGGCGCUGUCCGCCAUCUGCCUGUUCUUCGCAGCCGGGGACUUCUUUUACAGUUCUGUAGCAUUGCAUCAUGAUAUGGCGCAGAGGAUGGUGAGCUAUGUGAAUGAUUGGUCCUCGGUUAAGUUGGCUCUCGAUAUCGGGUGCGGUCGAGGGAUUUUGUUGAAUGCGGUGGCUACCCAGUUGAAGAAAACUGGGAGUUCCGGCAGGGUUGUCGGGUUGGACCGCUCUAAAAGGACCACUCUGUCAACGCUCCGAACAGCUAACAUGGAAGGAGUGGGAGAAUAUGUUACAUGUAGGGAAGGUGAUGUGAGAAGCCUACCAUUUGCAGACAACUACUUUGACGUGGUGGUAUCAGCUGUAUUUGUUCAUACAGUAGGAAAAGAGUAUGGUCAUCGGACGGUGGAGGCGGCAGCAGAGAGAAUGAGAGCACUGGGUGAGUUGGUUAGGGUUUUGAAACCCGGUGGGAUUGGAGUUGUGUGGGACAUUGUGCAUGUGCCGGAAUACGUCCGACGACUACAGGAAUUAAAGAUGGAGGAUAUUACGGUUUCAGAACGUGUAACAGCCUUCAUGGUGAGCAGUCACAUCGUGACAUUUCGAAAACCAAAUCAACCUGUAUGGAGAGUAAACGAAGUUAGAUUGGAUUGGAGAUGCUGAUAAUGUGUGGUGAAACAUGUUAUAGAUAUUAAAAAAAAAAAAGAUGGAGCCAAAGGGAAGACUAGGAAAAAGAAUUAAUGAAAAAAAUAUAUAACUAUACAUAAGUUGAUGAUGAGUUAAGUGUUAUAUAUCUGGUGAGACGAAGUCGAUCUAGAUGGGUUUACUAGAAUUAUAUACAGUUGAUAUAAAAUGUAUAUCAUGUAUGAUUAUGGAUGAUAAUAUUAAUAGUUUAAUUAUCUAAAAAUUAAGCAAAAUUUGUGAUUGAGUCACAUAUUGAAUUGAUGGAGUAUGGUGUGAUUUGAAAGGAAAAAAAGAAAAAGUUAUGGGUUGGCAGGAGGAUAGAUGCUUAUGUUUCAAAAGUAUGGUAAUAUUCUAAUCCUUACUUUCUAAA